AUGGAAGAGGCUGUCCUCCGUCCCAAGAGAAGCCCGAGAUUCUGCUUUCCGAACCCAUGUAAGCACCAGGGAGUCUGCCGGGUAGUUGAGGAGAAACCAAACUGCAACUGCAAGGCUGGCUUCACUGGGACGUUCUGUCAAGAUGUGGCGCUCAAGCUGCAGUGUGAGGAAGAUCACAUGAAGAUGAUGGUGAGAAAGGAAGUGUUCGAAGUGUUGAAAAUCCCCUUGGCACGGGUCCACUUGAAGAACAGCGCUUGCAAGGUCUCCGAAAAAGAGGAGGAUGGAGCAAUCUUCUUUGCAGCCACUCUCACGGGCGAGAACCAUACCCUGUGUGGGUCAGUGAUUCAGCAAAACAGGUCACACGUGUCUUACACCAACGUGAUGGAGUCUGACCUGGAGGCCACGGGCGUGAUCUCCAGAAGCAGCCUCGUGCGAGUGCAUUUCUCCUGCGUCUACUCCUAUGAGCGGGUGGUCCAGCUGCCCUUCUCCCUUACUGCCAUCGACACGCUGGUGAAGUUCGUGGUCAAAGAGGGGGAGUUCAACGUGACCAUGGCCUUGUACGAGACCUCGGCUUACCUGCAGCCCUACCGGCAGCAGCCCCCGGCCCUCCCUCUGUCGGAGUUCCUCUACAUCCUGCUGCAGCUGGAAGGGCAGAGCCAGGUGCGGUACUUCCUGCUGAGCGUCGAGGACUGUUGGGCCACCCCGUCGGCAGACCCCAGCCAUGACGUGCAGCACCAGCUCAUUGUGAAGGGGUGUCCCCGUGAUGAGACCGUGAUGUACAUCAAUGCCAUCGGAAACAGCACCGUGGCAAAGUUCAGCUUCCAGAUGUUCCAAUUCAUCAACUACUCGGAGGUGUUCCUGCACUGCCGAGUCCGCCUGUGCCUCCCCGAUGGCCCCGAGCCCUGUGCAAAGCAAUGUCCCAGGAAGUCGAAGAGCAAGAGGGCACUUGAGGAGGACUACAAGAAGAUUGUCUCUUAUGGACCCAUCCAUCUCCUCGCCUCUCCCCUUUCUGGAGCACGGAAUGCUGAAUCGGGGACAAAACUGCAGGACCUUUGGGGGCCACAGCUGUGGAUUCCUGGUGCCCUGGUAACGCUGAUCAUAGCCGGCCUCUUCGUUCUGGUUGCUAUAGCUAAAGCUAUGAAGAAAUGA